CGUUCCUCACUUGAAAUCACGCGCGCCCAUACCAGUGCUAUGUAACCCGCGCGUCUCGUAUGGCGUGAUAUAUAAAAUAAAGCUGAAAGCGAACAACUGCGCACGAAGCUACUCUUCUAAGAGACCAUGGCAGUAGACCCCAACAGGCUCGCACAGUUGUAUUCUCCCCUGGACAUUCCGGAGUCCGGGAAGGAGCCAUUCACGGACUAUUCUCGUUGGCGGCUCCUCGUCAAUGAUGGUGGCCGUCACACGUGGCGUUAUAUGAGAACCGACGAGGAAUGCAAGGACUGGCCUCAGAACGACGUGGAUAAAUACUGGCUUGGUAUACCACUGAACUUGCCUGCUCUCCCAAAACCAAAGGACCCCCUGGAAGCAGCACAGAAUGGGUACACGUUCUACAAGCAUCUCCAGUCGCAUGAUGGUCAUUGGCCCGGGGAGUAUGGCGGCCCAAUGUUUUUGCUGCCGGGCCUGGUCAUCGGGUCAUACGCUGCGGGUAUGGGGUUCACGCUAGAAGAGCGUCUCGAGAUGAUUCGUUACCUCAUGCAUCGUGCACACCCCGAGGACGGAGGGUGGGGAAUUCAUAUAGAGGGUCACUCUACUGUGUUCGGAACGGCACUCAAUUAUGCUGCUCUUCGUAUUCUCGGUAUGCACGCUGACCAUUCAGUCGCCAUCAAAGCUCGGGAAUGCCUACAUAAACUGGGGGGUGCAACUGGUACUCCUGCCUGGGGCAAAUUCUGGCUAGCAGUACUCAACGUGUACGAUUGGGAGGGAGUCAAUCCUAUUCCUCCAGAACUAUGGCUCCUUCCAGACUGGGUUCCAUUCCACCCUCACAAGUGGUGGAUUCACACCCGCAAUGUCUACAUUCCAAUGAGCUAUCUCUACGGCAUACGUUUCCAGAUAGGAGAAAAUGAUCUAAUCCGUUCCCUUCGCCAGGAACUGUAUACUACAGAUUAUCAUUCCAUUUACUGGCCGGCGCAGCGCAACAAUGUUGCAUCCGUCGACAUCUAUUAUCCUCACACUACCGUGCUGGAUACUCUCAAUGCCAUCCUCAGCAUGUAUGAAGGUUGUACCAUCCCUCCUGCACGACAAGCGGCAUUAAAGCGUGCAUACGAGCUUAUCGUUUAUGAGGAUGAAAACACGGAGUACCAGACUAUCGGUCCUGUCUCAAAGAUGAUGAACCUGAUUUGUCGGUUCAUAGUCGAAGGUGCGGACAACGAGGUGUACAAACAACACGCUAUUAAACGCGCCGACUUCAUGUGGCUCGGACCGGAGGGUAUGAGGAUGUGUGGAACGAACGGUAGCCAACUCUGGGAUAUCGGUUUCAUCUCACAGGCACUUGUGGAAACAGGCCUCGCGAAUGAUGGCGAAAACAAGGAGAGCCUGAAGAAAGCUCUUGAGUGGUUAGACAUUUGCCAAAUCAGAGACAACCCAAAACAUUACGAGUCUGCCUAUCGGCACAGGACGAAGGGAGCAUGGCCUUUCAGUACGAGGGAGCAAGGUUACACGGUCAGCGACUGUACCGGAGAAGGUUUGAAGUCCGUUCUGUAUAUCCAAAACAAUGUCGAGGGUGUGGAGAAAUUGAUUUCAGAUGACCGGAUGUUUGAUGCGGUCGACACUAUGCUUAGCAUGCAGAACGCCGACGGCGGAUUUGCUAGCUACGAGCUCGUCAGGGGCCCCCAGUGGUUAGAAUGGCUUAACCCUGCUGAAGUUUUUGGGGACAUCAUGAUUGAAUUUUGUUAUCCAGAAUGUACAACCUCCGUCAUCACGGCCUUGUCCAUUUUCAGAAAGCACUAUCCAAGCUAUCGCUCGGCGGAAAUUGACCUUACUAUUCGGAGGGCAAUUGACUAUCUUCAUGCCGCGCAAAAACCGGAUGGUGGAUGGGUGGGAUCGUGGGGUAUUUGCUUUACUUACGCAGCGCAAUUCGCGCUAGAGAGUUUAUCAUUGGUGGGGGAGAAUUAUUCCAACAGUUCGUCCGUACAGCGUGCAUGCAAAUUUCUCCUAUCACAUCAGCGAGAGGAUGGCGGGUGGGGAGAAAGCUACAAGACCUGCGAACUGGCGAGUUGGGUCGAACAUGAAAAUACUCAAGUCGUACAAACUUGCUGGGCAACCAUGGCCCUCAUGUACGCGGGAUACCCCGAUCCGAAACCUAUAGAACAGGCAGUCAAGCUCGUUAUGUCCCGGCAACUCCCUGAUGGCUCUUGGCCUCAAGAAGCAAUCGAAGGGGUGUUCAACAAGAACUGUGCGAUUUCUUACCCGAAUUUCAAGUUCUCAUUCCCUAUCUGGAUGCUUGGUAAGGCACAUAUGUAUCUCAAAUCCUUGGGGAAAAAGACAGCUUGAGAGUGCUUGGAAGGGUCUUGACGCGUCGGUUGUCGUCGGAUUGCAGAUAUCAUGUACAUAUGUUAUUUUCCCAAUUCAAACGCCCAGCUGAAUGCGGGCAAUGUUUCACCACACUGCAUCCCCGUUACUGCCGUACCUACAUGACAGUUAGCCUACUAACGAACAUGUGUAUGUAGUCCGAAAUGAUCAAGUUUUACG